UGGUACUGCCGUAUUGCUCUGUCGGUCUGUCACCAUUAAAACAACCAUGGUUUAACUCACAAGUUACAAAAUCAGUAAGAACCCAUUUGGUAUUUCCUGUAUAACUUUCUGAAGUGAAAAAGGUUUGGUAUUUUCUCUUCAACCGAGGUAUCAGAUCCAAGCAAAGUAAUACAUGGAAAAUCAGCAGCAAGUGAUAGAUGAUACCAAGAAACCAGCAGACUCACCAGAACACGACAACAAGCAGCACAAUCAUCCUCAUACCUUGGAUUAUGCUCCUUACCCAAAGCUCGAUCCUAUCGAUGUAUCUCCACCUCAAGAGAAUUGGGCUGUUCCCCCUCCAGCUGAAGCUGCUGCUACUACUAUGCCUGCUGAGUCUAAUCCUUAUGUAUCUCCUGCUCCUGUCGCUCCAUCCUCUUCAAAGAAUAAAAUGGAUGCAGUGAAGGAUGUGCUUGGUAAAUGGGGAAAGAAGGCUGCUGAGGCUACCAAGAAGGCGGAGGAUCUUGCUGGCAACAUGUGGCAACACUUGAAAACUGGCCCUAGUUUUGCUGAUGCUGCUGUUGGAAGAAUUGCUCAGCAAACUAAAGUUCUCGCGGAGGGUGGUUAUGAGAAAGUUUUUCAACAAAGUUUUGAGACAGUUCCUGAGGAACAACUUCAGAAGACAUAUGCAUGCUACCUAUCUACUUCUGCUGGUCCAGUCAUUGGAGUUCUAUAUUUAUCAACUGCAAAGCUUGCAUUUUGUAGUGACAAUCCUUUGUCAUACAAAAAUGGCGAGCAAACUCAAUAUAGCUACUACAAGGUGGUUAUUCCAUUACAUCAAUUGAAGGCCGUUAAUCCGUCGACAAGCAAGGUCAAACCCGGAGAAAAAUACAUCCAGAUUAUUUCUGUUGACAAUCAUGAAUUUUGGUUCAUGGGCUUUGUACACUAUGAUAGUGCUGUGAAAAGUCUUCAGGGAGCAUUGGAGCACCGCAGCGUGUGAUGUGUUUGGGGCCAUGUUUUCCCACCCUACCAUAAAAGAAUUGUCUCAUUCAUGUUUGCAGUUGGUGUAUAGAUAGUAGAAAUAUUGAGUGCAGAAAUAUACAAGUCUUACAUCUGUUUGCAGAGUUGAUGCUAUAUUCAUUUAUGAUGAUUCAAAGUCAUUGGUUGUAAAUUUAAGAUGCAUGUAUGCUUUAGUUGUCAGAUUAAAAGACUGUAUAAGUGAAAACUAUUGUGAUACCAUACCCUAUUUAUUAUUUUUCAUAAGAAUAGUUAAUUGAGUUGUUUUACAUAA